AGCCAAAGAACUUGUAAGUUUCAUCCUCCACACUACGUACUAAAAAAAUUAAUAAUAAUAAAACGAAAAAAAAGCUGCUAUGAGCCUAUGGCAAUUGGCAUGAGAAUUAUUUAUUUAUUAUUUAUGUUUUUUUUAAUGAGGUACUAUAGUUAUUGAUUGCUAAACGUAAUUAAGAGACGACAAGUCGCGGCAGAUUGCAUUAUACAUGUCCAGACCCGGAGCGCUCAUCCGACGUCGUAUUACCAACACAACAAAUUCACUUUCGUUUCUCUGCGGAGCUUCUUCUUUUUCUUGGAAAGUAUCGGGCGUCUCACGGCGGCGGUGCCGAAAUGUCGGAUCAGACUCUUCCCCCGCCGUCCGGCAAGCCCAAGUCCCGGCCCGUCGGCGGCACCGAGUACAGCUGGUGCAGGGCGGUUCCCGGCGGCACCGGCACCACAGUUCUCGGCCUCCUCCUCUCCAAAUCUCCCGAUAUCCCUCAUCUCCAAUCCUCCCUCCACCGUCUCCAAAAUCUCCACCCGAUCCUCCGCUCCAAAAUCCGCUACGAUCCUUCCAGAAGAGAUUUCUCCUUCGUCACUCCCCCUUCUCCGCCUCUGCAGGUCCAAAUCUUCGACCACGCGGCGACCGCACGCGCCGUCGCGUCCCACCCGGACGCUCACGAUCCUUCCGUCUCCGACUUCCACAAGAUCCUCGAGCAGGAGAUCAACCACCACGGCACGUGGCUGGAUCCGAGCGAUCCGUCGUACGCCGAAGCGGACGUGAUGUUCGCGAGCGUGUACGCCGUGAGCGAAUCGCAAUGGGCGGUGUUGCUCCGGCUGCACACGGCGGCGUGCGACAGGGCUGGCGCGGCGGCGCUGCUGCGAGAGCUGAUGGCGGUGGAGAGCGGAGAAACGGCGGUGGAAAUUGGGGAUAGAGGAGAGAUCGGAUUAGGGAUUGAGGAUCUAAUCCCUAACGGGAAGGCGAGUAAGGCUCUGUGGGCGCGUGGAUUGGACAUGCUUGGUUACUCUUUGAAUUCGUUCAGAUUGGCGAAUCUGGAAUUCAGAGACGCCGCUUCUCAGAGAUUCUCACAGAUGAUUAGGUUGAAGAUGAACUCCGACGAGACCAACAAACUCCUCGCUGGGUGUAAAUUGAGAGGAAUUAAGCUGUGUGGAGCUCUAGCAGGUGCUGGAUUGAUUGCUACUCGUUGUUCUAAAGACCUUCCUCGCCACCAGAAGGAGAAGUAUGCUGUUGUUACUCUAAACGACUGUCGUUCCCUCCUUGAUCCUCCCCUCACAACUCACCAUUUAGGAUUCUAUCACUCUGCCAUCCUCAACACUCACGACGUAUCAGCUGAAGAAACUCUGUGGGAAGUGGCAAAGCGAUGCUUUGUUUCCUUCUCAAACGCCAAAGACAACAACAAGCAUUUCUCAGACAUGUCUGACUUGAACUUCCUCAUGAACAAAGCCAUCCAAAACCCCACCCUUACUCCGGCCGCAUCGAUGAGAACGGCCCUGAUCUCGGUGUUCGAGGACCCCGUCGUCGACACUUCCCACCCUGCACACCAAUACCUUGGCUUACAGGACUACAUCGGUUGUGCCUCUGCCCACGGCGUCGGGCCAUCCAUCGCCUUGUUCGACACAAUUCGCGACGGUCAAUUGGAUUGUGCUUGUGUUUACCCGUCACCUCUGUUCUCCCGGGAUCAGAUGAACCGAAUUUUCGAUGAGAUGAAGAAAAUUCUGGUUGAUGCCAUGGAAGUAGAUGAAGGCUAGUGUUUUAGCUAGAUGUUUGUGUACUUUUUUUGUGUUAUUAUAAGCAUUUGCUUUCUUCUCCAAAACAACACAAGAAGACUAUUUAGAGCUGGAUGAAUAAUAGUUGCAUGAACAAAAUUUUUGCAAUUUUUUUAAAAAUUGGACCUUAAACCAGAAGGUGAAGGCCCUUCGUUAAA